AACACUAAACUAGGUUAAUUACUUACAAGUUCCUUCUAUGUUUUAGAGACUGCAUUAGACAAUAAUGAGCAGGUUGCAAGGGAUGAAACAAAUUAAGAGAGAAAUGGCUCUGAUGCUAGUGGUGCAAGUAAUGCUGCGGUCGAGGACGCCGCACUGUCAGGAACGGCCGUCUUAUAAAACAAUCUCCACAGAGCAAGUCGCACCGAAUGAGGGGUAACAGAGAGGAGUGGAACUGGGAACACCGGAAAUGUGGCGAUUGGCGCGCGGACGUGACAGACGCGGGAGUUUUUUGUUAUUUAUGGUGGCGUUGUGUAAAAGAUUGUCUUCUGGUUGCGUAUAAUUUUGAUUGUGGUAUUUUAGUUAAUUAAAAAUUGUUUUGUAAGGAAUAAAACUUCCUAGACGAAAAUGGACCCAUUAGAAGACGAGAUAUGUUAUGGAUGUCUAAAUUCUGAAAGAAAAUUAUCUAACCUACACGAUUUUAGUCUCAAGGAAUGUUUUAAACUUAUUUUACAAAAAGCAACAGUGAGUAUAAUAUGGAUUCCAGAAAAUGUUUCUAUGGAAUCUAUCCAAUUAUGUUUUGAAUGUGUGGCUAUACUCAUAAAGAUUAAGAGAUUUCAAGCAAGAGUAAUAAGUUCAGAAAAUCUUUGGAAGUCUAUGAAGAAGAAUAGAUUACAAUCACAAACCAGCUUACAAAAAAAUAAUCUCUUUAAUUUUUCAUUAUUACAACACACAAGUGCAGAGAAUUGUGAAAUAAUACAAACAUCACUUAACAUAAAAAAAGAAAAUGAUGAUUUAGACGAGAUAGAUAAGGAUGACUUCAAACAAGAGAUUGAAGACUUUAGUACAGAAGCAGAUAUAAUAGAUGAAGACUUAAAACUAGAUUUAUUGAAAGAUUUGACUCAGAAAGAGAUUUAUACUGAGGUGAAAUUAAGUAGAGAAGAAAUUGAAAAAGAAAGGGAGGAAAUAAAAAUAAGUGAUGCUUAUGUCAAUGCUAUGCUAAAGUGUGAAUUGUGUAUAACUACAUUUACAAAUAAUGAAGAUCUAAAAGAACAUAUCAGUGAUAAACAUGGUGAAAAAACAAAAUACAUCUGUACAAUAUGCAAGUGUACAUUCAAUUCUGCGAUAUCUUUUAAGUACCACACAGAUAGACAUAAAAAACGUUAUCAGUGCACGGUCUGUAACAUAAGAUUUUUAUACAGAAGGGAUGUCAUCAAACAUUUUAAUCUUGUACACUGUCAUGGAGUAGAAAAUAUAACUUAUGAGAAUGGUACACAAGAGAGACUAGAGCCACCACCAGAUAUCGAUAAACAAGAUCGAUUUUCGUGUGACGUGUGUGAGAAGUCGUUUAGAUGGAAGGCGUCUUUACGGAAACAUAUGGAAGGGCAUCGCAUUGCGAGUGGACAAAAGCGGAAGCCAUACUGUGAGCCAUGCAAAAUACACUUCGCAACCACAGCAAAUCUUAAGAAACAUGUCCGGAUGAGCUCCAAGCAUCAAAUACAAUUGAAAUUAAGAAAACUCAAAGAUUCCAACGAAGACAAGACAGAUGUGAUAAAAGAAAUACGCACUUCGGUGAAUAGUGCGCGUGAGACGUAUUCGUGCUCGCAGUGUGAUAAGAAGUUUCAAUGGCACGGGAAUCUAAUGCGGCAUAUGAAUAGUCACAGGGCAAAGGCAUCUGGUGAACUAGUGUGUAUGCCGUGCAAUCGUUCUUUCUCUUCAAUAGCAACGUAUCAACAGCAUAUGAAAAUCAGCAAGAAGCACGUCUCGGAGAAUGAUUUUAAGUACAUGUGCAGUGAUUGCGGGAAACGUUUCGCGGAUAAGACUCGCCUAAAGGAUCAUAUAGAUUGGGAGCAUUUGAAGAAUUUCAAGCACACCUGUAGCGAUUGUCAAAAAGCCUUUAAAACCCGUACAUCGUUAUAUCUUCACAAGCAAGUGGUUCAUCAGAGGGACACAAGUGAACACCUAUGCGAUACGUGUGGAAAACAUUUUCCAAAUCAUUCCAAAUUACGUAUACACAUCCGUGCGGUUCACUCGUCGGUAGCGGCCUAUAAAUGUUCGAGUUGUGGAGCAAAAUUCGCGUGGCACUCGUGUUUGUCUAGACAUAUGCGGAGGCUGCAUAAGAAACAUGUCUAGAUGAAAUUUAAUUUAUGGUAUCAAAGUUCAAAAAUAUUUUGAUGGUCUAACCCACUUUAUAUUAUUUUCGAGACCUGUCGACCGUUGUUAAUUAAAGAAACACUUUCCAAGUAUACAACAAACUUUUAUUCCAGAUAUAAUUGAAGUCUAAAGGCCAAUUCUGUUAUUUAGAUAUAUACAAAAAAAAGUAAACAAUUCAAAGAAAUAAUUAUUUCUUUGUACUUUAAUUAACUUUCACGUCUUAAAUUACAACGUUGUUAAAGUUGUAAAAAAAAUAGAGCCUCAAGAAAGUAAAAACUACAAAAUAAACAUUGUCUAUUUUUUACGUUUUUUAUAACGUAACGUAAGUGAACGUAUGAGUAAUAUUGCAUGUGCACUAAGUACCUUAGAAAGA